UAUUACCAAGGCUUUAUUUGAGGAACCCUGCAGCACAAAGUCACAUCGUGUUGCAGGUUUUAACGAGCUUUUUUUCACCUGUCAGAAUACAACAAAUUUGAUUUUGUUUUCUGUUUUUCUGCACUUGGCACCAGUCGGAUGCGCUCCAGGCUGCGUUUUUACCAACUCCAACUUUACGCACCGGUUGUUGCUCCCGGAGCUGGAGAGCUGCUGCUGCCGGUAACCGGUCGCUGCGAUCUGGUUCUCCUCUCUUACAAGGACCCGGACACAUCGGAGCCGAACAUCAUCUGACACAAUGAACAACCGAGUGUCUUAAUCUGGAGAUCUACUCUGUCAAGUUUCGGGACUCUCCGAUCUCAUCAUAAAAGACUUCAAGGAAAAAAAGUGCUGCAGGUUUCACCAAUUUGUUGUUUUUUUUCAGCGAGAACCAGAAGAGAAAAAGGACUUUUUUUUUUUUAAUUAUUCUCAACUUUAUUAUUAUCAUUAAGUCGAGUGUCCAUGAUGAGCAAACCCGCCGGCUCAACAAGUGGCUGUCUGGAUAUUCUGAAUGUCAAAUCAAGUCGGAUUCUGGACAUCCCGUGCAAAGUGUGCGGUGACCGCAGCUCUGGGAAACACUACGGUGUUUACGCCUGCGACGGCUGCUCGGGAUUCUUCAAGAGGAGCAUCCGCAGAAACAGGACGUACGUCUGUAAAUCUGGCUCUCAGGGUGGCUGUCCUGUAGACAAAACUCACAGAAACCAGUGCCGAGCGUGCCGAUUGAAAAAGUGUCUAGAAGUGAACAUGAAUAAAGACGCCGUUCAACACGAGAGGGGGCCUCGGACGUCCACCAUCCGCAAACAGGUCGCCCUGUAUUUCAGGGGCCACAAAGAGGUGAACGGAUCAUCGACCCAUUUCCCAGGAUCCUCUCUGCCCGGCCCUCCCUUCUUCACCACUGUCACGCAGCUGGAGCCUCACAACCUGGAGAUGAGCGGAGUGGCCACCACGCCGGAGAGACAGGCCAUGGUGGGGCUGGCACAACCCACUCCCAAGUAUCCCCAUGAAGUCAGUGGCACCCCCAUGUACCUCUACGAGGUGGCGACGGAGUCUGUGUGCGAGUCAGCAGCGCGCCUCCUUUUCAUGAGCAUCAAGUGGGCGAAGAGUGUUCCUGCAUUCUCCACUCUCCCUUUAUCUGACCAGCUGAUUCUGUUGGAGGACGCAUGGAGGGAAUUAUUUGUUCUGGGCAUCGCGCAGUGGGCCAUUCCUGUGGACUCCACCACUCUGCUGGCUGUUUCUGGAAUGAACACUGAAAACACGGAGUCUCAGCGGAUGAAUAAGAUCAUAUCUGAGAUACAAGCACUUCAGGAGGUGGUCACCAGAUUCAGACAGAUGCGUCUCGACGCAACAGAGUUCGCCUGUUUGAAAUGUAUCGUGACAUUUAAAGCCGUUCCAACGCAUGGCAACACAGAGUUAAGAAGUUUCCGCAACGCCAGCGCCAUCGCUGCACUACAAGACGAGGCACAGCUCACUCUCAACAGCUACAUUCACACCAGGUACCCGACUCAGCCGUGUCGCUUCGGGAAGCUGCUGCUGCUCCUGCCGGCGCUGCGCUCUGUGGGCCCGUCCACCAUAGAGGAGGUGUUCUUCAAGAAGACCAUCGGCAACGUGCCCAUCACCAGGCUCCUCUCAGACAUGUACAAGUCCAGCGAUAUAUGAAUUCUCUCCAUCUGGGAAAAAAGACUUGAGCUGAGGGCCCAGAGAGCAAGAGAGAGAGAGAGAGAGACCCACCCAGCAGCCGACAGAAUGUCAAAUCAUAGCAGCAGGUGUAACUGUGGGCUUCAAUUAUUGCUGAGCACAACAAUCUCUUAAAAAUAGGCCAAUAGGCUCCUUCGAAACAGACUGCAACACAUCCGGAAUUCACCAAGUAGCCUGUUAACAGUCGCUCUAUAGUUAAGGAUUAGCCUGUAACUUUCAUUCUAGUGUGAUAUACUGCAGUCUCUGGUGGCCACAGGCACUGUUUCAAUAUCGCCUAUAAAGACUCUGGAGAGCACCUGCCUGACAAAGAAAUGUUAUAUAUUAAGAGUGUCUGUGAGACCAAUGAGCUUGACGACCAAUUCAGUCUUUUUAUUGCUGUGAUCAAUCCCAAUGGAGGAAACCAAAAAAACAAAAGAAAAAAAAAGAUGACGCAUGCGUAAUGGAGUGGAUGUGAAUCACUGUCCCUCGAUCCGGUGCUGAAACCAAACGCACAGGGCGACGAAGAAGAAGAGGUGACAACACUAUGAAGAACUAUAGGGGAGAAAAAGACUUUUAUGCCUCCUGACUGUAAAACUACAUUCAUCUGAAGAUGGUGUUUGUAUUUAAGUGGUUUACUGUCCUGUUUGUGUCGGUGUGUCCUGUUUGAGGCUGUUUUAGGUCGAUUUUGUGAAGUUAAUAGGCACUAACACUGGAUAAAAAUAAUAUUCAGCACUUGGAAAAUGUUGUUGUGGCCUGUGAUGUUUUUAUUCUGCUGUAAAUAUUUGGAGUUAUGACUAUUUAGAGUUGUAACCGAGAGAAUAAAAGACACUGAAUUAAA